AACGAUUUAAUGUCAAUUAUAAUUAAGAACCACUAUAACGAGCAACCAAGGGGGGCUCUACCUAAUAGCCAGCUCAUAUCCAACCUCGAGAGCAUCCCUUCUAUCAACAAGUCCUCGAAAUCACUCAUCAUCGAGUACCUUCUAUGGAUAAACACAAACAAGCUCAUAGAUAAGAAAUCAGAUAGUGUACAGCAACUAAACAACAGUCUUUUGCAUUUGUUAGACAACUCUAUAUUGGAUGAUACACUUAGAUACAGAAUUAUCCUUCUACAAAUAUUGAACACACUAAACAAUGUCCCUACUACAAACAGCAAUUUAGAUUUCCUCUUUAAACUCUACCCCCACUCCCCUUCAUUUGAACCAACUCUUUUACCACCUAAGGGUUCUAUUUUCAGCUCAAUCCCUAGAGGUGCUGGUCCAGAAGCUGCUUGGGCAUUCGGUGGUCUCAAUCAACAGCCUUCUCACAACUACAAAUCGAUGCCUCAAAUAAGGAGAGCGUUUGGUUACGUCAAAACCUUAUAUUAUAAAGGUUGCCAUGGUGUAGAUUACGUAGAUCAACAGCCAAACAACAACAUCGUUAACCCUUAUAAUAAUCUCAUAGACAUUCUGCCUUUAUUCGUGAGGUUAUCAAAUCAUUUACUCAGUGACAUACCAAUCAAUUACAAAAGUCGCAAAGAUCACCUCAUCAAAAUGAUGCAAUCAUCAGAAAUAUCUUUUGAUAGAUUCAACCACUUUGUUGAUCAGUUGGAAUCUGACUUUACGUUCCACAGAUCUUUUGAAAGAAAAGAAAGUCUACCGCAUAAGUCAUCUUCACAAUUCAAGGAACAUUCAAAACCUAGUAAAGAUUGGUACUUAUUAUUGGCAGAUUUACUCACUUUCUCGACUAUACAAGGAUAUAAAAAGUCAUUCUGGAAAGGCACAAAACCAGUUGAAAUAAUAAUGUCACUUGGAAAACCAACAUAUAGAAAUAAUGACAGGAAUUCAAUCGAUCCAGAUUCUUUACCUUCAUUCUCAGAUUCUUUGGAAGCUUUAUUUACGAACAGUCAAGAUGAUGAUAGGAUGCAGUUUGAUAAGAUAAUGUCAGAUAGAUUAUCGGAUUUCCUGACGAUUGAAGCAGAUUGCAAGGACCUGUCUCAACAUUUUGAUUACCUUGAAAACAAAUAUAAUAAAGCUCAAUUUGAGAGAUCAAUGAUGCAAUUCCUUGAUGAUUUCAAUAUAUGGUUGGGUGUUGCCGAGCUCGUACAAUCUAAUGGUAAAGUUUCACAGCCACGUUAUAAGGUACAUGAGCCACUUCCUGAACCACAACUUAGUCACCCUGCAAACCCAUUGAGUAUUGCAGCGUUGCUAGGGCCAUCUGAUGAUAACAAACGUAGACCAUCUACACCACGCCUAAACAUGAAUCGUGGUAAAGGAAGCGCUAAAUGGUUUACAAUCACUAAAUACGAUGAAAUGAAAUCCGCUAAGGAAACCUCCAAUAAGAGAUCCAGACCAGAUUUACCAACGCCUUCACCUUCAUUCUCUUCUAACAACUCAUAUCAAUUAGUCAAUGCCCACACAUUAAGUUGGCCAGGUCCAUAUGGUCUAUGAGUCAGUUCUAACGUUCUUAUUAGUCAAUUUUAACGUUCUUAUUGGAAAUGUUAACGUUUUUAGCUUUACGUUUAUCUUGGUUUUAGUUUCUUAUUCUUGUAUUAUAUUGAAUGCAAAUAAGUGUAUGCAAAAAUAAAAGUAGGAGAGUAUGUAAAAGUAUAUUAAAACAUUUAUUCACUUUCGACGUCAAGAAUCUGACCAGCGACGACAGUACCCCAACCGACAAGACGCCAGUGUCUUUCGAUACGCUAUAAGAUUUGUUUAAUCGUUAUAUUUAAGAGGAGUUAAGAAACUUACACGUGACAAUGCAACCUUUUCACCAACUUCAGUACAUGCUGGACUUGUGAGGUAAAUCUUUGCAAGAUCAGCUUUAACAGACAUAACACGACCACCUGUUGAAGUAGAACCAAUAUUAACCAUUAGAACUUCAUUCUUUGCUAAUUUAGCAACCUUAGUUUGUUUUUUGUCAUCCGAUUUUACACCCAAUAAUCUUCUCAACAAGAAGUAGUUAAUUUCAAGUUCAGUGUAGAUUGCAGGAAGGGCAUUUGGUGCACCAAGAACUUGACCGACUAAUCUAUCAGCUCUACAGAGAGUUGGGUCAAUCUUUGUACCAACACCGAUUAAACCACCUGGAACGGCGAAGUUUAACUUGUUUUGUUCAGCUAACAAACUGACAAUUUUUGAUUUAAUUGGUUUACAUUUAAUGUUUCCGUCGUUGUCCUUGGUGACGAUACCAGGUCUAACUUCGAUUUCUUGACCAAUGUAGAGAACACCUUGAAGGAUAGAACCACCUGCGACACCACCCUUAAGCUCAUCAACGUCUGAACCAGGUUUGUUAACGUCAAAUGAUCUAAUAACGAUGAGUUUUGGUGGAUCAGUGAAAUUCCUAGAUGGAACUGGAACUCUCUUGACGAGGUAUUCGCAUACGGCGUCAAUGUUGUACUUUAAUUGAGCUGAUAUAGGGACGAUAGGAGCUGAUGCAGCUGAAGUACCAUGAACGAAUUCGACGAUCGACUUCCAAUGAUCUUCAGCUUGUUGUUCACGGAUAAGGUCAACCUUGUUUUGUAAAAUGAUGAUAUCUUUAAGUUUCAUAAUUUCAACCGCAGCUAAAUGUUCACUUGUUUGCGGUUGUGGACAGCUUUCAUUUGCAGCAACGAGAAGCAAUGCGGCAUCCAUGACAGCUGCACCGUUCAACAUGGUAGCCAUUAAAAUGUCGUGUCCAGGACAAUCAACGAAUGAAACGUGUCUAAUGAGGUGCAUUGAGCCUUCACAGCCUGGCUGCUCACACAAUGGGUUUGGCUCCUUAUUUGAAGGGUAGGAUCUAUAGCAACCAGGUCUAGGGCAGGUUGGUUGAUCGCAUUUGUAGAUUUUAGCGUUAGCGUAACCUAACUUAAUAGUAAUAUUCCUCUCUAAUUCGUUUUUAAAUCUAACUGUGUGUACGCCUGAGAUUGCCUUCACAACUGUUGAUUUACCGUGGGCUACGUGUCCAAUAGUACCAAUAUUUAUCGUAGCUUGUCCCUGCAAGAUUGUCUGGUGUAGUGGGUGUAAAUCCUCCAAGCUUAAGCCAUUGAGCGCCGUUGUGAGUGCUUCCGUCAUGGUUUGUC